UUUUGAAAUAUACUACUCAAUGCCACUAUUAUAUUUAUCAACUGCCGCUUGAGAAUCCAAGUAAAAAUAAGCAACUUCAAAGAGUAUGUUAUGUUUAGUUAAAAAUUAUGAGAGUAAUUAUUUAUUUUUAAGAAAAUUAGUUGCGGACUCUACAUGAUGCUAAUGAUGAGAAAAGUUGUUGAAAAAAAUAAUGAAAAUACAUAAUAUUGCUGGUUAUGUAUUAUUUAGAAGUUCAUAAUUUAUUGCCUUAUGCUAUAAAUUUGUUAGUGUUUUCCUCUUAUUAUUUGAAAAAUGCCUUUAUAUGGAAUUAAAAACCAAUUAUAGUUUUAAUUUCACGUUUUCGUUUUUAAAUUUUAAUAAGAGAAAAGUUUGAUGGAUAUACAUUAAUUAGAAAUAGUUGCCUCAGGCAGACUGGGUUGUUUGCUUUUAUAUUUUGUAACAGCAAAAUAUUGUUCCUAUGUUUAAGCUGCCACUACAACCAUUAUUUUGUAAUUAAUUUUACGCACACCCGUGCCUCCCAAUAAAUUGAUUUGUUUUGCCAUCCCCUCUUUUCGGAUAGAAACUUGUUAUGAUUUGGGUAUAAAACCUUCCAAAUUGUCAACAGUAGACACAGUUCUGUGAACGCUUUAGUAAAACAAAUACUACCAUCAAGAUGCACGCUAUCACCUGCGCUGUUUUCCUCGCCCUGGCUGUGAUUGCGGUCAACGCCGAAGCACCCCUUCCCCUGGGACGUAUACCCCCGAUUCCAGUUUUGAAGAGGAUCGAGACCCACAAUCGGGAUGGAGCAUUCACCCUUGACUACCUGACCGGUGAUGGCACUCACGUGCAAGAGAAGGGCAAGUUGGUGCCUCUGGUGAACGACGAGGGCGAGACGGUGAACGUGCUGGUCAAGGAGGGCAACUUUGCGUACACCAGCCCCGACGGCACACCCAUCUCCCUCUCGUACAUCGCGGACGAGUUCGGCUUCAGGGUGCGCGGCGACCACCUGCCUAAGGCCCCCAAGGCCUGAGGGUGCACCAGCAGGGAGGGGGAGGUGGAGGAGGAAGAUGAGUUUCCCGCCUACACCCUGCCCGAGCACCUUUCCCACUGCUUCGUCUCCACUUUCACGAUCGACACUUGCGAUUCUGAAUAAUUGUAAAUUGUAACAAAAAAUGAAAAAAAUAAAUACAUAAAUAGAAAAAG